UCGCUAGCAACGAUUCGCAGGAUUUACGUUGCAUCAUCGGGAUCUGUUUGUAGUUCGCCAAUGUUUGAAAAAAUACGGUGCAUGUGCGUAUCGCCGUACGGCGUCUGGAUUGCCACAGCACAUUCAAGGAUGCUGCAGCUGUGGAAGGAUAAGGAAUGUAUCUUUGUUCUUGAUGUGGAUGCUGCUUUAUCACAAAGAAGACCAAGCGAUGAGCGUACAAUGGAGAUAACGUCGGUAAUGUACUUACGGCAGCAGGUGUGGGUCGGCACAGUUGAUGGCUAUCUGUUCAUUUACCGCAUUGUCCCCAAUCAAAGGCAUUCGGCCGUAAAGCGUAGAAGCGCCUUAACCCGCAAGUGGAGUAAUCAUCGGAGAUCGCAGAGUAUGGAAUCGCUACUUAGUGCAGUGCAGACGGCAGUGUUUUUGCCAAGCAAAAGUGAAGUGCGUCAGGAUGAAUCGGCUAGCAAAAAUGAGCAUCGAUUUGUUUCCAAUUUUCCACGGAAAGCAUCGCUUAUGAUUGAUCGCAACUCCCGGAAAUAUAGUGUUUUCCGUAAAAUAUCUGGUGAACGGGCAGUUGGAGCACUCACGGGAGCGUCAAAUUGCGAGCCUAAAAGAACAGGCACUUCGAACCAGCUGUCGUCUAACGUAAAAAGCAGCAGGCGACGUGAUCUAAGCUUCAAUUCUCUGCAUUCAUCGGAAGAAGUGGCCGAUGAUGAGCCGCUGUCACAAGGUACUGCCGCUCAAAUACACGAUUAA